UUCCAAGGUUUGGAUUUACAUGACCAACUCUAUUAUAUUCCAAGUAUUGUUGGGGGCCAAAUUUUUCUAUAAAUACCAGAGCAACUAUAUCAACUCUGCACCCAAAAAAAAAAAAAAAAAAAAAAAAAAAAAAAAGAGAGAGAGAGGAAAAAACCAUCGAGUAGAUAAAAUAUGAAGAAGGGGACUCACUUCAGCACAUUUCAUUAUGUUGCUUUCUUGAUUUUUAUUAUCAUGACUUUUAGCAACACACUAGUUGUUGAAGGUCAGAAAUACAAUGGUCGAAUGAAGGCAAUUUUAACAGUCAAUGACUUUUCAAAGGGUGGUGGUCCAUCAGAAUGUAGUGGUAAAUAUUACCAUAAUUCAAUUCCAAUUGUGGCUUUAUCUACUGGAUGGUACAGUAAAGGGAGAAGAUGUUUCGACAAAAUUACAAUUUAUGCAAAUGGGAAGAGUACAAAAGCCAUGGUAGUUGAUGAAUGUGACACAAGUAGAGGUUGUAAGCAUAACAUUGUUGAUGCUUCUGAAGCUGUGUGGAAAGCUUUGGGUGUUUCUCAACAUGACCCCAAAUAUGGUUUGAUGCACAUCUUCUGGUCUGAUUAAUGAAUUUGAUGUAAUUCUCUUGUUGUCUUGGUAU